AAUGGUUACAAAGCAAACAUGCCGAUUCUAAAACUAGUGCAGUGCCGGGAGCAACUCAAACAAAAGCUGCACUAGAAGCGUUUGAUUUAAUUUGAUUUUUGGUAAAAGGUAUCUAAAAACAUUUUGGAUAAAAGAUGACGAAGUAUUGUAUAUGUCAGAUUUGUAACUGCGGGAGACAUCAUUGCCCACUUCAUUCACGAGGGCCACUAAGAGCAAGAAGUAGUGGACCUUGUCCAAUAACUGAAUAUGCCCAGAGAUAUAGAGAACACCCUCUUCAAGCUACUAAAACUGCUAAGCCGGACGCAACAGCUUUCCGUAGUGAUCAACCACUGGACAAUAAAACAACCCAUAGAGUUGACUUCAUAAAGCAUCCUCUUGAGAGGCCUCAUGUUCACCAAAGUGAAGAUUAUAAACCUCCUGAAGGAGAUUUUGAAGGAAUGACUAAUUAUCGUAAAGAUUUUGAUCGAAAACAAAUUAAUAGGGCUAAACCAAUGAAACCGGCGGAUUUAAAGAAAUCUUUAGGACCGUUCAAAGGCGAACCAACAUAUAGAACUGACUAUAGGAAGUGGCCGAUGGAGAGGAAUCUACCAAUCAUGAAAUCUGACUACUCACCACCAGAUGCUAAGUUUGAAGGCCUUCCAACUUACAAGAAAGAUUAUGUCAAAUACAAUGAACCCCCAAGGCAGUCAAUGAAGCCUCUAGAUGUGGCGAAGGGCUCCGAUCAUCCCUUCGAUGAUAGAACUGGUUAUAGAGAUCAUUACAUUAAACAUCCUCUACCUGAGAAAGAGAUUAAAGAAAAGGAAAUGUGGAAACCUAACAAAGCUCCUUUGGAUGGCUUGUCUAACUAUAAAAAAGAUUAUACAGAGAAAUUUGGUGGCCCCACCGCGAGUUGUAAACCCGAUGCGUCUGCUUUCCAGAGCGGAGCGCCACUGGAAGAUACCACAACUCACAGGAAUGAUUUUAAGAAAUGGGAUGCUGAGAGACCAUACGUUCAUGAACCAGAUCAAUACAGAAAACCAGAAGGCGAUAUUGAGCUUUAUACUACUCAUAAGACCGACUUCACAAAGAAACCUUUAGCUAAACCUAAGUCUAUGAGACCAGUAGAUGCAAAGAAAGUUCCCGGAGCUUUUGAUGAUAAGACUAAUUACCGAGAGGACUUUAAGAAAUGGAAUAUGGAGAGAGAGAAACCAGUCAUGAAGCCAGAUUAUAGUCCACCAGAAGCUCCAUUCGAAGGUCUUCCAACCUAUAAGAAAGACUAUGUCAAAUACAAUGAACCCCCAAGGCAGUCAAUGAAGCCUCUAGAUGUGGCGAAGGGCUCCGAUCAUCCCUUCGAUGAUAGAACUGGUUAUAGAGAUCAUUACAUUAAACAUCCUCUACCUGAGAAAGAGAUUAAACAUAAGGAAGCUUGGCAACCCAAUAAAGCUCCUUUGGAUGGCUUGUCUAAUUAUAAAAAAGACUACACAGAGAAAUUUGGUGGCCCUACCGCGAGUUGUAAACCCGAUGCGUCUGCUUUCCAGAGCGGAGCGCCACUGGAAGAUACUACCACUCAUAGGAACGAUUUUAAGAAAUGGGAUGCUGAGAGACCAUUCGUUCAUGAACCAGAUCAAUACAGAAAACCAGAAGGCGAUAUUGAGCUUUAUACUACUCAUAAGACCGACUUCACAAAGAAACCUUUAGCUAAACCUAAGUCUAUGAGACCAGUAGAUGCAAAGAAAGUUCCCGGAGCUUUUGAUGAUAAGACUAAUUACCGAGAGGACUUUAAGAAAUGGAAUAUGGAGAGAGAGAAACCAGUUAUGAAGCCAGAUUAUAGUCCACCAGAAGCUCCAUUCGAAGGUCUUCCAACCUACAAGAAAGAUUACGUAAAAUAUAAUGAAGCACCAAGAAAAUCUAUGAGACCCUCAGAGGGUGGUAUCAGAAGCGAUGCUCCCUUCGACGAUCAGACCAUGUAUAGAACCGAAUACGUAAAGAAGCAGUCAGAUAUAUGUCCAGCAGCUAUUUUGGACACAACUCAGUCUAAGUAUAGCUAUAGAGAUCAAGAUGAUAUAGGUCACAAAUGGUACGAACCACUAAACGGAAAGAACGCAAUGACUUCUCAACAGAUCGGUAGAACAUACAGCGCUUCCUCCCAAAUGAGAACCAACGAAGGUUUAGUUUGUGCCUAA